AAACAUCACGGACAAAGGUAUUUGUCAGUGAAACUUCACCGUUUCUUCUGAUGCUGAGUACCACCUCUGGCUUCUUGUAUUUGCAGUUAUAAAAGAAUCAUCAUCUUCAAUGAAAAUUGUGCCAGUAUCAGCAUUGAUGAUGCCAUCUUAUUGGCUUUCAUAAAGAGUUAGCGAAUACCCACAAAAUUUUCACUUCAUUAUUAAAACUUGUGCAUUAUAAAUUUUGAAAAUAUUCAUUGUUUUCAGUUUUCUUAGUCCUCCGCAACAUGAACUUCAUUCUUUUUCUAAUGAGUUGCAUAUUUCAUAAAGUAUUUUUUCCUUCUGAAUCAGUUUUUAUAGCAGCAGAGACUUCGUCCCUUACACAAUCCCAGUUCCUCAGUUACAGAGAGACCUUAGUUUCCCCCGGUGGAAUGUUUGAACUCGGUUUCUUCAACCUAGGAAAUCCCAACAAAGCCUACCUCGGGAUCUGGUACAAGAAUAUCCCUCUACAAAACAUAGUAUGGGUUGCAAACAGUGCCAUCUCAAUCAAGGAUUCUUCUGCCAUCUUGAAACUAAACAGUUCUGGCAAUUUGGUCCUCACACAAAACAACACGGUUGUCUGGUGCACAAGUUCUGAAAAAAAGGCACAGAAUCCAGUAGCAGAGCUCUUGGACUCUGGAAAUCUUGUGAUUAAAGAUGAAAAUGAAGCAAAGGCAGAGGAAUAUCUUUGGCAAAGCUUUGAUCAUCCAUCUAAUACAUUGGUGCCAGAAAUGAAGAUUGGAUGGGACCUCAAAAGAAAUGUUAGUGUUUUCCUGAAAGCUUGGAAAACUGAUGAUGAUCCGACACCAGGAGACUUAUCGUGGGGGAUUGUUCUACAUCCAUAUCCUGAGAUGUAUAUGAUGAACGGACCAAAAAAGCAAUGGAGACUUGGGCCAUGGAAUGGUUUGCGUUUCAGUGGAAGGCCAUUUAACACCAUUCGCCGUUAUGAGUUUGUCUCCAACCAGGAAGAGAUUUAUUUCAGAUGGAGCCCCGUAGAAGCUACUUCAGUGAAAGUUGUACUGAACCAAACUGCACAAGCGCGUCAACGCUAUGUCUGGUCAGAGAAAUCAUGGAUUUUGAAAUGGACAAUGCCAGUAGACUACUGUGAUAAUUACGGAGUUUGUGGAGCAAAUACUUAUUGCAGCACUUUUGCAUCAACAAUGUGUCAUUGCUUAAAAGGGUUCAAACCUAAGGAUUCUCCUGAGGAAUGGAACUCAAUGGAAUGGUCUCAAGGAUGUGUCCUCAAACAUCCACUUAGCUGCAAAGACAAGUUGAGAGAUAGUUUUUUCUUCAUGGAUGGCUUGAAAGUGCCGGAUACUGAAUAUACGAUUGUGGAUGAGACUAUUGACUUAAAACAAUGCAGCGCCAAGUGCUUGAAUAAUUGUUCUUGCAUGGCAUAUACCAAUUCAAAUAUCAGUGGAGCUGGCAGUGGCUGUGUCAUGUGGUUUGGUGAUUUAUUUGACAUCAAACUCUAUUCAAAUCCAGAAAUGGGGCAGCGCCUAUAUAUAAGGUUCAAUCCUACAAAAUUAGAGUCUAUCAGUCACAAGAAGAACCCUAAAAUAAUAUAUGUCACAUCCAUUGCUGCAACUUUUGGAGUGAUGCUUGCUAUUUAUUUUGUCUACAGAAGGAACACUUCAGACAAGUCAAAGACAAAAGAGAACAUUGAAAGACAGCUACGUAUUCUGGAUGUGACUUUGUUUGAUCUUUCUUCAAUCAAAACCGCCACUAACAAUUUUUCAUUGAACAAUAAGAUUGGACAGGGUGGUUUUGGACCUGUAUAUAAGGGAAAAUUAGUGGAUGAUCGAGACAUUGCUGUCAAGAGACUUUCACAAAGCUCUGGACAAGGAAUCACUGAGUUCAUGACAGAAGUGAAUGUGAUAGCAAAGCUUCAACACCGAAAUCUUGUAAAGCUCCUUGGUUGUUGCUUUCAAGGAAAAGAAAAGUUACUAGUUUAUGAAUACCUGGUCAAUGGCAGCCUAGACACCUUCCUCUUUGAUAAAGUAAAAGGUAAAUUGCUGCAAUGGCCCCAACGCUUCCACAUAAUAGUUGGGAUUGCCAGAGGGCUUUUGUAUCUACACCAAGAUUCCCAGUUGAGGAUUAUUCACAGAGAUCUCAAAGCAAGUAAUGUUUUACUUGACCAAAAGUUAAAUCCAAAAAUAUCAGAUUUUGGAAUGGCCAAAGCUUUUGGAGGAGACCAAAUAGAAGGAAACACAAAUAGAGUUGUUGGGACUUAUGGAUACAUGGCUCCAGAAUAUGCUGUUGAUGGACUAUAUUCCAUCAAAUCGGACGUUUUCAGCUUUGGUAUUUUGUUGUUGGAGAUUGUAUGUGGCACCAAAAAUAGAGCUCUCUGCCAUGGAAACCAAACUCUGAACCUUGUUGGUUAUGCAUGGACACUUUGGAAAGAGCAAAAUGCCUUACAGCUGAUUGACUCAAUUAUAAAAGACUCAUGUGUGGUCUCAGAAGUACUACGAUGCAUCCAUGUUAGUCUGUUGUGCGUGCAACAAUACCCGGAUGAUAGGCCAACCAUGACAUCGGUUAUUCAAAUGUUAGGGAGUGAAAUGGAACUGGUUAACCCAAAAGAGCCUGGUUUCUUUCCCACAAAGAUUUCGGACCAAGGAAGGUUAAACUUAAAUAUAAAACAAGAGACUUCAAAUGAUGAAUUAACCAUUUCCUCAUUCAAGGGCCGGUGAAAGUUAUCGAGUCAGCUGAACAUAUUGCUUGAAUUUGCUUUGGAAGUACUUGCGUUGCAUUCCCAAAGGAUUCUUGUUUCAAAACCUGUUUAGUUGUGCAGAUGCAUUUGAAUAAUUACAUAUAAAAUCCAUCAAGGGCUUUGAAAUGAUGUUACUUUCUU